CACACUGCUACACACAAUCACAGAAAAAAAACAACCCCAAAGCAAAACAUUCCCCCAAAAUCAAAACAUUCCCCCAUUUCGAGGCUAAAUUUCGAGUGUGAAGCAGCAGCAGCAGCUGGCACAGGACCAAGGACGGACCCAGGAGCAAGGACCAAGGAGCCACGAUGAACGGACUGCCGCCCAGCAAGCACUACAACCUGACGCACUACCAGCAGCGCUACAACUGGGACUGCGGCCUGUCCUGCAUCAUCAUGAUUCUAUCGGCUCAGCAGCGGGCCGAGCUGCUGGACAACUUCGAGGCGGUGUGCCGCGAGGAGGGCUUCGGCUCUAGCACGUGGACCAUCGACCUGUGCUACCUGCUGCUGCGCUACCAGGUGCGCCACGAGUACUUCACCCAAACUCUGGGCAUCGAUCCCAACUAUGCCCAGCACACCUACUAUUCCAAAAUAAUUGACAAGGACGAGCGGCGCGUGACGCGCAAGUUCAAGGACGCCCGGGCUCAUGGCCUGCGUGUGGAGCAGCGCACCGUUGGCAUGGAGGUCAUACUGCGUCAUCUGGCACGCCAUGGUCCGGUCAUAUUGCUAACGAACGCCUCCGUGCUCACCUGCGAGGUGUGCAAGCGCAAUGUACUGGAGAAGUUUGGCUGUUUUCACCUUCAAUGCAUCAUCCCCAAAAUACGCAUGCCGGACCACCAAAGGUACGCCGGACACUAUGUGGUGCUCUGUGGCUAUGACAUGGCCGCCGAGAAGCUCUUCUAUCACAAUCCCGAGGUCCACGACGGCCACAUUUGUCGCUGCCUAAUCGAGUCCAUGGACACGGCCCGACGCGCCUACGGCACCGACGAGGACAUCAUCUUCAUCUAUGAGAAGAAGGCCGCCGCCGCCGCCACGAGCGAAUAAAUGGGAGAGGAGGGAGUUGUGCUCCUUUCCACAAUGCAAUUUAGUACCUGCAGUUUGCCAGGUUACCAAAAGGAGGAAGUCGCGGAUGGGAUCUGAGCUAUGUGAUAUUAGUACGUUAGAGGAAGAGAAGGGUUGGAUGUAUGAACUGGAACUGGAAGCUGCUAAGCUGCUAAGCUGCUUUGCUGGGCUGCUGCUACUUGGUUAACUUUGGCACAACAGUGUACUUUAUUUAGGUAUUUGUUAGCAGUUGGUCCCCAUAAAAAACAACAAUUACAACAAUGUUUAUAUGUAAAGCCAGGGUCGACUUUUGCCUCAAAAUCCUGUCCAGGCUACGGUUAAUACCCAGCUGCACUCAAUAACUAUUAUUUAAGUUUAGAAAGUGUUUUAGUUUAUAUCAAGUGACAGAGAGAUAGAGAAGCAAGCGUUUAAAUACACAUUUUUGUUUAAAUAAGUUCGUAUACACAUUUGCCCUGCCAUAGGAAUAUAUUAUAUAUUAUAUUCCAUACAUUCCCUUGAUAAAAGUAGUAUUUAUAUUUAAGCUUGCUCCUAGGUACACUUAAAUUUAAUUAAAAAAUCAAGAAAUGCUUGUAACAACAAAGGAACUUUCCGUUUCUUUAGCCAUAUUCCCCGCAUUUAUUUGGGGUAAAUGAAGAGUAUUAUUCGUAGCCUGUGUCUGCAGAAUUUUGUUUCAAAAUCGACCCACACAUUCCAAUACGAUUAUGCAUAAUUUUGUGUGUAGAAAAUACAUUGUUCCAACCUAUAGCCAUUGCUCACUAAAACCCCUCCU